AUGGCCGGACUGGGAGGCGGCGGCGGGCUCAGCGACUACCUCGACCGGCCCAACGCCAUCCACCGCCGCACCGCGUCGCUCGCCAUCGCGCGGUCCGGCGACGAUGGACCGCGCAUCAUGGAUGGGGUUGGGCGGGAGGGCCGGAGGGCGCGCUCGUCGCGCCGUCUCUCGCUGUCGUCGUGGCUCGGGCCGCGCUCCAGGCCUCUGCCGGUGCCGGCCGACGACACCACGUCCGUGGAGUCGACAAGCAGAGAAUUCGAGGGGAGUGGCAGCGCUAAGGGGAAGCCGUCGGCGUGGAGCAGCUGGAAGCCUGUGCGCGCGCUCUCGCGCAUCGGGAAGCGCCGCGCCGGGUGCCUCUUCUCCAUCGAGGUGGCCGCCGUGCGCGGCGUGCCGGCCUCCAUGGACGGCCUCCGCCUCGCCGUCUCCGUCCGCAAGGCCGAGACCAAGGACGGAGCGAUGCAGACCAUGCCGGCCCGGGUGUCGCACGAUGGCACCGCGGAGUUCGACGAGACGCUCUUCGUCAAAUGCAACCUCUACUUCACCGGCGGCCCGGGCACCGGGAAACCCCUCAAGCUCGAGCCUCGCCGGUUCGUUGUGUCCGUCGUCCCCGUCGAGGUGCCGGACAUCCGUCUGGGUACGUACACCGUCGACGUGAGCUCGCUCGUGCUCGACUCCCUCCAGAAGAGCUCCGAGGGACGCCGCGUCCGGUGGUUCGACAGGGCGUUCGGGCUCGCCGGCAAGGCCACCGGUGGCGAGCUCCUGCUCAAGCUGGGGUUCCAGCUCAUGGAAGACGCGGGGCUCCGUCUCUACACGCAAGCCGCGGGGAGAUCGUCGAGGGACGUGUCCGUGUCCCCCUCCCGUGCGAGGGUUCACAACAAGAACUCGUUCAGCGUCGCCAGUACGACGCCCAAGCUUUCAACGUCCGACGGAGCCAUCUCGCCUUCCAUGAGAGCUUACAGGCAGCUGGUAGACAGGCUCAACAUCGACAAGCGUCCCGACGACGACGAGCUCUCCACCGCAAGUGGCGCUGGCGCUGGCGACGUCGACUACGCCAUCCCGGAGUACGAAGUGGUCGACAAGGGCGUCGAGACGGUCAAAGAGGUCGUCCACUUCCAGGACCAGCGCGACGUGCUACGCGAGCUCGACUCCAUUGGCGAGCAGAUCGAGGCCAUCGAGGCGCUGAUGGCGAGCGGCGGCAAGAAGUCGCCGGGGGGAGCCGGUCAGCAGCCGCGCCUCGAUGCCGAUGAAGAGAUGGUGACCGUUGAGUUCCUUAGGAAGCUCGAGGCAGUGGACGACGACAAGUUCAGGAAGCUGAAGCAGCCGAUGACACCAAGAUCAAGCGAGUCGCAGAAGAAGUCGCCCGUGGUGCCGGACUUGGGACAGAGCCUUGGCCCGGCGGUGCAAACGCGUGACGGCGGGUUCUUGGUGUCGAUGAACCCGUACAACGUGCCGCUUGCAAGCAGAGACGUGCACCCGGUGCUCGCCAUGCAGGUGUCGAGGCCUUUCGUGUUGCCAAGUGCCAUGGCCGCUACUGGAUUCGACGUGCUCCAGAAAAUGGCGGCGGCGGGAAGACCCGACGAGGUCCGGGACAAGGUGGCGUCGCUAGGGCGCAUGGAAAGCCUUACCGGAAAGACGCCCGAGCAAGUGGGUUUCGAGGGCAUCGCGGAGGCGGUCAUCGGCGGUAGGCGGACCGAGGGCGGCGCGAGCUCAAGCGCGGCGCGGUCGGUCAGGCUCGUCCGGAAGCUCGCCACCGCCUUGUCCGAGGGCCGGAUGGAGCGCGUCGCCACCGGCAUCUGGAGCGCGGGAAACGAUCCGGAGACGUUGGACGAGGUACUCGCAUUCUCGUUACAGAAGCUCGAGGCCAUGGCGGUGGACGCGCUCAUGAUCCAGGCCGAGAUGGCCGACGAGGAGCCGCCGUUCGAGGUAGCGCCGGCUGCGGGGGACGCGAACGUGUUCGACGCACUGGUGCCGUCCGACGAGUGGUCCGAGUCCCGUGGCGGCUCGGACGGCCGCGUCACGCUGGUGGCGGCCAUCCAGCUGCGUGACCCGUCCCGGCGCUACGAGGCGGUGGGCGCGCCGAUGAUCGCCGUCGUCCAGUCGGCGCGGAUGCUGGGCGCGGCGGGGCUCAGCGGGGGGAGGUUCAAGGUGAGGAGCCUGCACGUGGGCGGAGUGCAGACGAGGUGCUUGUCGGGAGUCGGCGGAAGCGCGAGCUGGCGCGCCGAGCGGCAGAAGCUGACGGCGAUGCAGUGGACGCUCGCGCACGGGCCGGGUCGCGCCGCCAAGAGGGCGCAGACGCCGCCAUCGUCGCAGGCAGCGAGGGUGAGGCAGCAGCGGCGGCGGCCAGACGUCGUCUGGAGCCUGUCGUCGAGGGUGCUCGCCGGGAUGUGGCUCAAGACGGUGCGGAAUCCGGACGUGAAGAUCAGCGCCGCCGGCAGCACGUGA